AUGAACAUGAACUCUAUACAUUCUCCAUCUAACAGUUAUGGCAACAACAAUCCACAUUCUCCAUCAAACAAUUUGAGAUCACCAAGUAACAAUACAAACAAUAUGAAUUACCCAAGAUCUCAGUCAAGAAACGCAAGUUACACAAGCUCUCCGAGCCAUCCUCCAGUUUCCGGAAACAGUUCUCAUAACAGAAAUGCAUCUAGAUCCUCAAACACUUCUGCAAGCUCCAAUUUCUUAGCUGAGCAAUAUGAAAGAGAUCGUAAAUUAAUUAUCGAUUCUUGUUUUACAAAACCAAAUAAAAACGGUCAACCUAACAAUUAUAUAACUCAUGUUAGAAUUAUCGAAGAUUCAAAGUUUCCAAGUUCCAGGCCUGUACCUAAUUAUUCAAAAUUAGAAAACAAAAAAAAGAGAAUCUUAGUAUUAAGUUCAAGUUCUAUCAAUCAACAAGAUAUCACAUUACACAAAGGCCGUGAAAAUAAUAAUAAUACUUUCCAAAUAGGUAGGAGUUGGAACUUAUCAGAAUUGAAAAUGGUUGAAAAGGAUUUAAAAGUUGAUCAAGGGUUCAUUCUAUUGUUAACUAAAAAGUAUUAUUGGGAAACAAAUAGUUCAAAAGAAAGAAAGGUUUUUGUUAAAUCAUUGAUAAAUAUAUUCAUGCAAGCCUUUAACGGUCGUGUUCCCGAAUUAGUGAAUUGGGAUCUGUCGUUAUUCCACUUGGAUGAAACGAGCUAUAAUCGUGCGGUAAUUAAGCAUUCUACUUCUAGUAACACAAAUACUGCACAAAUAUCAACAAGUGCUCCUCUUAUUAGCUCUACCUCUAAUACAACUAAUGAGACAGGCUAUCCUUCUCUUACUGUUGAUACUAGUACUGAUAAAAAUUCCCAGAAAGAGCAUCAUCAUCAUCUUCUUCAUACUCCAUUGCAUGCUAAAGCUUUACAUAAGAAAAAAGCAAAUAAUUCUGCCAAAGUAACAACACCAAUGAUUUCUUCUCCUAUUUCUGGUUCGUUUAAGAAAAUUUCUGGACAGUCUUCAUCUAAUUUUGGUGCUGCCGGCACCAUGCCAGCAGCUGGAGCCGCAUUAGUGGCAGGAGUUACAAGCAAUACAAAAAAUAGUAAUACAAACUCAGCUCCACUACAAAAAAUCUCAGAUUCAAAUUCACUAACAACAGAAAUAUCUAAUGGUAUGAAUACUUCAAUUGCUCCAUCUGUUUCUGCUGAUAUUACUUCUGCACCUCCAGUUCUUCAGAUUCCCGAGAGGUCAAGAGCUAGAAUGAAAGCUAAAAAUGUAGAAUCUAAGAAACAAAACUCAUCUCAUACUUCAAGAUCACACAAAUCGAAUGACCAUUCAGAUCCAAAGUACACGGAGACAGAUUUACAUAAUAACUCCAUGAUUUCAUCUUCGAAUAGGAUAUCCAAUCAACAAAAGACUGAUGAUCAAAAUGGUAAUAUAAUAUACUCAUCCCCUUCGUUAAACGAGACAAAAAAGCAGUCACCUUAUGAUAGUAUUGAUACCUCCAACAUCAUUGAUGAUUCACUAAACACUUCAAACUUGGAUAAUCAAUUUGGCAUGAGACUUGAGCAUAAUAACAAUGAUAUCUAUUCUCCAGUUCCUAAAUAUGGUAAAAAUACUACCCAUGCAAAGGUCUCGAAGCCAGAAAUAUCCGUAUCAACGAAUUCUAUAGAAUCACCAUCUUCUAGAAGUUCUUCAGAUAAGGGGCCUUAUACUGCAGGAAUAACACUAAACAACAAAUCAUUUUCUGACAAUCAGUUCCCAUCUGUAGAAACUACCCAAAGAAGAAGAGUUUCUUUAGAUAAUUCGUCCUCACCCCUAAAGAAUUCCUUCAAUAUUAGAGACACUAAUAACAUGGAUAGUACAUCGAAUGAUAAUAAAUUCCAAAUUCCCACAAACUCAUCUACUAAUUCAAAUAACACUAGAGCGUUGAACUCUACUCGCUAUGGAACACAUAGCAAAAAGGAAGUUCAACCAAUACCUCGUGAAGAACGAUUAUCUCCAGUUCAAACACAUACUAGACAAGAAUCAAAUAGUUCAAUGCAUAAAAGAGAUUCAGAAAAUUUAUUAUCUGAUUUAAACAAUUUACUUGGUGCUGACUCUACUUUAGAUCCUCCUAAUUUUACAAAUCAUUUAAAUAAAACUAUUUCAGGGGACAUUGAAAAUGAAACUAUAGCCACCUCUAAAACAGGAAUGAGUAUUCCUGAAUCUCGAAUGGAAACUCCUUUAUCGAUGGAGCCAACUCCGGUUUCCCAUUUGCCUAAAGAAUCCAUAAGAAAUGACGUGACUAAUUUAGAUUCAAUUAAUGAUAGUCAACUAAAAAAUAUGAACAAAAGUUAUAAUGAUGUUGAUGUUUUUGGCGAUGAAACUACCGAAGAUUUAUCUUUUGAAAAGGGUGAUGAAAUACGUUACAGUGCACAAUUUAAUGAGCAAAUGGUUCAUGAAUAUCACCAAGUAACGACAAUUGAAGAGGAAGAAGACAAUUCGUUACCUUCACAUUUAAUGGGAUUAAAUAUUAAAAAUGAACUUGUUGGACUUAAUAACGCAGAACAACAAAAUAAAGCGAAGGUCAGUUUAUUAGACGAUAACUUAAUUGACGAUGAUACUUUGUUAGAGGUAUUAACAGAUGUGAAUUGGAAUCCAUAUGAUAAUGUAGACACCUUAGAACAUCAUUUAGCUAUCAAAUUACAAGACUAUCAGCAUAAUUUGAACUCAAAUUUACUUAAAUUAGAAUCAAUGGGACCCAGUUUGGAUAAAUAUCAAUAUCAAUUAGAACAAGAAUGUGAAAAAAUUUCACCAACAUUUUCCUUAUUUCUUAUGGAAAUGAAUAAUGUCUCGCAAGAUAUCGAGUUUAUUGAAAAUCAGGAUAAUGGUUUACAAAUCGAAAGUGCUAAUAGAAAAUUACUAUGGAAAAUACUAUCUGAAUUACUGAACACCGUUUCAUUAGACGAGAAUGCAUUAAACGAAUUAUUAACAUCUCCAAUAACAGAGCGUAAUUUGCAUCGUAUUGAAUUACAACUUCAGUCUUUGUAUAAUGCAUUAAAGGCAAUUAAAGGUGAUGAAAAUGAAAAGACUAAAGAUUAUGACCUUGGGGAAAUGAAUGCACUAAAAUAUAGAAGAAAAACAUAUGAAAAAGUUACGAAAGUAUUCUUGAAAAAAGUGGUUAAUGACUUAGAUGCUAAAUUUGAUAGUUCAUUAAACAGUGCUAAAUCUGACGCACAAUUGACAAGUAUUCUCUCCAGAUUAUUAAUAUUCUCUUCACUUACGUGCUUUUGUAAAGAUAUUUCACCAGAAACAUUUAGUGAAUUAAUUGAUAAAUGGAAUAGCAAGAUUGAAAAGAUUUAUGGUCCCUUGUGUGAAUCUUUUAUUUCUAAUUUAGAUGUUAAUAAUUUUAAAUCACAAACAACAGCUAAUGAUAGAUUUAAUUCUAGAGGGUUAUUGAUGCAACCUAAUGAAGAUCUAUUUAUCGAAAAAUUAUACAAUGUAAAGAAACUAAAGACGCAACAAAUUGAUUCUAACGGAGAAAACAAAAUUAUGCUACACAACAAUGAAUUAACUAAGAUAAUGGAAAAUUUGGGAUCAAUAGAAAAUAUCUGUAUUGUAUAUCAAAAUUUUAUUGAUAGCUUCUUCCAUAUCUCUUCAGAUCUCGAUUUUUCAGAUUUUAUGAACAUAUAUGCUAAGCCUGAAUCUAGAGUUAGAUCACUAGAUACAGUUUCCUCAAUGAGAUCGGAUAGAGAAUCUGCUGCUAUUGAACUGCAAUUUGUAUCGAAAAUUUUCCAACCAAUAAUGAACAGAAUCACACAGCCACUCAACUCGACGAUACAACAAGUUCCACUAAUUAAUCCAUCAUUAAUUAUGUUUCUACAACAACGAGAUGAAUUUUUUGAAAGUACUAAUCAAGAAUUUUUAUUGAAUUCAAUCAAUAGACUUGAAAAGCAUUUAAGACAUCAAUGGUCAAAUUUUAUUGAAGAGCAAUCUCUGAACUUAGAGAGAACUGGCUUAGUUUUUUCAACCCGAACUAUUCUACCAUCUUUAUUAGGUUUCCCUGUUUUUGUAAAAAAUGUAUUUGCUAAUCUGAAAUUUACUGAAAAUGCUCUGGAGAUUAGUAAUGUUGAGAAUUUUACACUUAAUGAAUUGUUAAGGACAACUCUUCAAAGAUUAGCCUUGGCAUCAACUACAACCGUAUCGAAAGGCAUCAACGAAUCUGUUAAACAAACAGCAGAUUCUAAUAUUAAAGAUAAAUGUACAACCUCAUUGAUCAACAGUGUUUGGUUGGGUGAGUCACUUACUCUUGUUAAUCAGGAUGAUAUCUUUAGUAAGGCUGUUAUUGAUAUGAAAAAAAUAUUUGAUGACCAAAAAGAAGUAUAUGCUACACUACUAUUGAGAGAAACAAUGCCUAAAUUGAUAUCAUUUGUAACUGGCGCAAGCAACGUUCUUGAGAAUCUUUCUUCUUCUGGCAACCAUGCUGCAUCCAGGAUGGCAGUUUAUAGCAAGCAAAAUCUAAACAUUAUCCUAGCAGGAUAUACAACCCAAGAAAUGAUACAUAUUAUCAGUUCAUUACAUUCAACAAUGUUGGCUGAUUUUGAGAAUGAGAAACAUGAUAAAAUUAAGGAACUUCUAUUCACCAAACUAUGGUCCUGCAUCCAAGGCCUGACAGUCUCAUUAUAUUUGAAACUAUAUACAUUAAUCGAAAAACAUUAUACUGGAACAAGAGUUAAUUUCUCCAAAAAUGACAUUAUUUCUGCUUUUGAAAGUUUUAAAAAUUAA